CUACCACACCAAGUUUCAAGGGGAGAGUGCCCUUGUUCUUUAUCAAAGAGAUGGAAGUAUUGUUCCUUUCGGAAGUUCAUUGGUUAGGAAACGAAAACCACGGCCAAAAGUUGAUGUUGAUGAUGAGACUGAUAGGGUAUGGAAGCUUUUGCUGCAAGAUAUAAACAGUGAAGGCGUCGAUGGAACAGAUGAAGACAAGGCAAAAUGGUGGGAAGAAGAACGUAGAGUGUUUAAUAGUAGAGCAGACUCAUUUAUUGCGCGAAUGCGUCUUGUCCAAGGAGACAGGCGCUUCUCACCUUGGAAGGGAUCUGUUGUGGACUCCGUAGUUGGAGUAUUUCUUACACAGAAUGUUUCAGAUCACCUUUCCAGUUCUGCAUUCAUGUCACUCGCUGCUCACUUUCCUCUGAAGACAAAGAGCAGUACUCAGAAGCAUGAAGGGAGAACAGCUAUCAUAAUUGAAGAACCUGAAGCGUGUGCAACAGAUCCCAUUGUUUCUAUCAGAUGGCAUGAAGAUCAAGAAAAUCAGUCAACUCGAUGUCAGGAUUCCUGGAGAGUCCAUAAUACAUAUUCAAAUGAAGAAAAAACAGCUGUCAGCAGCUCUGAAUCAAGUGAAAAUAGCACACAUUGCAUAAAGUCAGCAGAACAUUCUGUAAUUCUGCAAUCAGAUUCUUCUAGAGAAGGUUCAGAUCUGUAUCAUGAAUCAACACUUAUGGGUUUCAGAGAUAAAAAAGAAUUGAACGAUUUGCCUUCUUCUCCGAGUUCUGUAGUUUCUUCUGAGAACUCUGCGGUUAUUCAAACUUCAGAAAGAACUGACACAAGCAGCUUUUGCAGCUCCACUUCUUUUUUGAAG